AUAAGUCUGUGUAGCAUAAACUUCUGCGAAUUCUUGGAAUUUUCGAUUUUUACACACUUGUACAAAAUGACAGGCGACACUAUCGUCGUUGCCCCAGUUCAUUUCAUAAAAUGGCUGCCACUGUAUGAAAACGAGAAACCUUUCAAUAUAUUCAUCAAUCUCCCUGAAGAUGCGCAAGAUACGCGAACAAACAACCUCGAGUUCGAUGUCAUCGACACAUCGUUUCACAACGUCCGUGGUCAAGAAGACAAAUUCUCGCUGGAUGAGCAAGGUUUCGAAUUCAUCCAGUGGCCGCAUACCUUCAAGAAUUUCGGAGACCGAGCUGCCGUCGAGACGGAGUAUCUGCCACAGAUUGAGAAGUUUAUCAGGGAGAAAAUUCCAGAUGCCGAAGAAAUUGCAUUGUUCGAGUGGCGGCUAAGGGACAAUUCGACGAUGAAUCCCGGUGAGCUUCGCGACCUCGAGGAGCCCACAGAGAGAUUGCGUCCAUCUCUGCACCCGCACAUUGACCAUGCCACAAAACCGAUACUCGAUCGCAUACAAGCCACGUUUCCCGAAAACUACAAAGAGCUUCUCAACAAGCGUGUCAGAGUCUUAAACCUCUGGCAUCCGAUGAGACACCGCGUUGAAAAUUGGCCAUUGGGCCUCGCGGACGGCAGCAACAUAAGUUUGAAUGAUUUUCUUGAAACCGACCACGUUCGCCGGAAGUAUGUUGGAGCGUCAUUGAACCUGAUGCACCGACCUGAGUACCAAUGGCACUACCUGAAAGAUCAGAUGAAGGACGAAGCGAUCCUCUUCAAGAAUUUUGACUCCAGUGGCAAUGUCAAGGCGCACUUCGCUCCACAUGUCUCAUUUCCACACCCAGAAGCGAGAGAUGAUGCUAUUCGCGAGAGCUUUGAAGUCAGGAUGCUCAUUUUCUCGAAAGAGUGAACGGGGUUUGCAACUUCGUCUGCGGGAUCAGUGAUCUCGUGCAACGCCUUUGCCAGCAAUAGCUACUCCGUUUUCACAAUCUUCUCUUCUAUUGGCUCCGCAGAGCCUCAAUAUACGGAUUUCUUUUAUCGCUCUGCCGCGUUAUGCCAGAUACCCCGCUCGUGAGCCAAGACGUAUAGCUACCAUGCAACCUCCAGGAAUCAUCUCCAUGAGCCAAUAGCAAGCGAUCAUUAUCCACGCGUAUACUCUUCUUAUAAUGUAUAUAAUGUGCAUACACCAUCGCCUCAUCUCAGCCUUAUGAUUCAACUGUUGUGAUCAAUCUUUGAUCUAUCCGACACGCCCCUACUAUCCACCACUUCUCUCAUCGCUGUCACGACAUCGAGAUGGAUUCUAGGUAUGACUAGAUCUAAGUUUCUAGCGGCGAGUAGUCACGCACUGACUAUGCGAACAGCAAUACCAAAUCCCCAUCUGAGGUUCCACAGGUCGCAGAGACAACAAGCUGGGUCGACCAGGCGAACC